AUGACCACCAAGUCUACUCCCAAAGACCUCAUUGACUCGUUUCCGCACAGCAAACUCACACCGAUUGCUACCGCGACAACCAAACCCGAUUACUUGUCGCUCCAUCAGCUUCAGUAUGAAAUCAACGACAAUGCGGAGACCCUUUCCUCCACUCUUGGAGACGGCCAACACGGUCACCUUUUUCUCGUAAUUUCCGAACCCGAGUACCUCGCAAUGACCGACGGCGUUCCAUGCAUUCCUCCUGUGCAGCCGCCUUUCGACCCAGUUCAUGCUGCCAACGCCACCGCUCCUCAAAUUGUCGAAGCUAACCGUCAGAACGACAAACGUCAAAAGCUUUUUGACCUUUACCACAACGCCAUUAAAGCGUUUCGCAAUCAACUCCUUGAAGCCAUUCCCAUCGAAUACAUUGAAUCUCUCGGUCACCCUACCCGAGGCUUUAACAAAGUCUCUCCCCUCGAAAUCCUCUCUCAUCUCUGGGAAAAUUUUGGUAAAAUUCAGGCUUCGGAUCUCAUUGCUAACGACGAACGCAUGAAAGCCGCCUGGCAUCCACCAACACCUAUCCAGCAACUUUUCCAGCAGCUUGAAAAAGGCAAUCAGUUUAUCAUCGCGUCUGGCCAAGUCAUGGACGAACGUAUUAUCGCUCGCAUCGGCUACCAGAUCAUCGAAAAAACCGGACUCUUUGAUCUUGCUUCUCGCGACUGGCGUUAUAAAGAUGAAGCCGAUAAAACUUUGGCAAAUUUCAAAAAACAUUUCCAGAAGGCCAACAAGGAUCUCGCCCUCACCGCCACCAGCAGCUCUGCGGGUUACCACACCGCAAAUCAGAGUACUGUCACCAAGGGAAAAUUGUAUUGCUGGACCCACGGCAUCGUUCACAACACAAAGCACACCAGUGCGACAUGUGAAAAACAGGCCCUGGGGCACAAAACCGGCGCUACAUUGCACGACAAACAAGGCGGGUCGACUAAGACCUAUCAAUACACGCCACCGUCUUCAGUUGCACCAAACACUCCUCCGUUAGCUUCCUCCCCGCCAUUUUUCCCUCCCGACGCCAUUGCAGACACUGGCUGUACCGGACAUUUUUUGAGCACCAACAUUGCUCACAUACAUUGCCAACCGACGGUCCCCGGCAUCAACGUGGUCCUCCCUGAUGGUCGCACAAUCACUUCGAGUCAUAUCACCGAACUCAACAUUCCCUCGCUUCCUCCGGCAGCUCGUACCGCCCAUAUCUUUCCCGGUCUCUCGAAUGGAUCCCUCAUUUCCAUCGGCCAACUUUGUGACCACGGCUGUACCGCCACGUUCACAUCUGACACAGUCCGCAUUGAGCUCAAUAACACUGUCGUUCUCCGCGGCGGCCGUUCUCCCUACACCCGAUUGUGGACCCUCGACUCCCCUGUAACGCCCAAUCCGCCCGCCACUGAAUUGCAUGCGCCUGUGCACGACAAAAAUUUUGCGAAUCACCUCGGAGACCACUCAGGGACCCUUGCCGACCGCAUUGCCUUUGUUCAUGCAUCCUUAUUCUCACCACAACUUUCAACAUGGUGCAAGGCCAUUGACGAAGGCCGCCUCACAACCUUUCCGGACAUCACGUCUGCACAGGUAAAACGGCACCCCCCACAGUCCGUCCCUAUGGUCAAGGGACACCUUGACCAGCAACGGUCCAACCUACGCUCAACCAAGCCCAAGGUCACCCUGUCUGCCUCUGUUGAUCCUGAUGACAUCAAUUUCGACACCAAUCCCGUCGUACAAGACCCUCCAGCCGCCAGGACGCAGUUUUUGUACGCCGAUUUCGCCGAAGUCACCGGAAAAAUUUUUACUGACCCUACCGGCCGCUUUGUUACCACUUCAAGCUCCGGUAAUGCAUACAUGCUAGUGGUUUAUGACUACGAUAGCAAUUUUAUUCAUGUCGAAGCCAUGAAGAACCGCACCGGUCCCGAGAUUUUGAGCGCCUACAAGCGUGCUCACGCCAUGCUAUCCUCCAAAGGUUUGCGCCCCCAACUCCAACACUUAGACAACGAAGCCUCCACUGCGUUACAACAAUUCAUGUCCUCUGUUGACAUUGAUUUUCAAUUAGCUCCUCCGCACGUGCACCGUCGGAACGCCGCCGAACGGGCAAUCCGCACGUUCAAAAACCACUUCAUUGCAGGUUUGUGCAGCACCGACAAGAACUUUCCGCUUCACCUUUGGGAUCACUUACUCCCACAAGCCAUCAUGACUCUCAACCUUCUUCGAGGGUCUCGUAUCAACCCAAAUCUGUCGUCCUGGGCCCAACUCCAUGGCUCGUUCGACUACAAUUGUACCCCUUUGGCUCCCCCGGGCAUCCGCGUACUUGUACACGAAAAACCGACAAUUCGCAGAACCUGGGCCCCCCACGCAGCCGACGGCUGGUACGUUGGUCCCGCCAUGAACCAUUACCGAUGUUAUCGCGUCUGGAUCAGGGAGACCACCAGCGAACGCAUUUCUGACACCCUGACAUGGUUUCCCAGCCAAGUCAAAAUGCCCAGCACCUCGUCUCGCGACACAAUUGUCGCCGCUGCUCACGAUCUUGCCCAUGCUCUGGCACAUCCAUCUCCCACGUCCCCCUUGUCGCCUCUUUCGGUCCACGAACGCGAAGCCCUCUCGCAACUUUCAGAUAUUUUUUCGAAAGCCGCUAACCCAGUUGACUCAUCCCUCCCAGUUGCUCCCACGGCAACCCUAAGGCCGCUCGAAAACUGA